GCCGCUCCCUGCCAUGCGAGGAGGCUCGCCACAGCCUGUGGGUUUGGUGUGCAGCAGAGGGAGUGUGUGUUUAAAUUUCAGAGCUGCUGGAUCCAGCCCAGUUCUCCUAGCAGCAUAAAUAUCUGGCCUUCAGCACAGCCCUGGGAGCUGGCGUUGUGCUCUCUUGCAGAUCCUGGCGUCUGCAGUGGGCCCUGCUGAGAUGGUGACUGCGCGGCCGCGGGGGACAGGCGGAUGGGGACAGCUGCCCCGCAGAGGCUAGCAGGAACAGUCUGGUAGGGUCCGUCUCGGCUAGAUGCGGAUGAUGCCAGAGCUAUGACAGGGACUGCAGUCUUGGCACUGAGGGGUGAUCAAUUAUGGAACAACUACAGGAGGAAGUACCUGAGGUCAAGGAAGAGGAGGAGGAAGAGACAGUGAUAGUGGCGAGCGGAGCCUCGGAUCCAAGUGGAGGACCAGACAGCUCGCUGCCAUCGAGCAGCUACACAGACCUCUCGCAGAGCUCCUCUCCCUCCCUGUCAGACCAGCUGCAGAUGGGCUGCGAGGAGGCAGCCUUGGGAGCGCUGAACGUGGAGUGCAGGGUGUGCGGGGACAAGGCCUCGGGGUUCCACUAUGGUGUCCACGCCUGCGAGGGCUGCAAGGGCUUCUUCCGCCGGACGAUCCGCAUGAAGCUGGAGUACGAGAAGUGUGAGAGGAGCUGCAAGAUCCAGAAGAAGAACAGGAACAAGUGCCAGUACUGUCGCUUCCAGAAGUGCCUCUCGCUGGGCAUGUCACACAAUGCAAUCCGCUUUGGCCGCAUGCCAGAGGCAGAGAAGAGGAAGCUGGUGGCAGGGCUGACAGCCAGUGAGGUCAGCUGCCAGAACCCACAGGUGGCCGACCUGAAAGCUUUCUCCAAGCACAUCUACAAUGCCUACCUGAAAAAUUUCAACAUGACCAAAAAGAAGGCGAGAGGCAUCCUGACCGGGAAGGCCAGCAGCACCCCACAGCCUUUUGUGAUCCACGACAUGGACACCUUGUGGCAGGCAGAAAAGGGACUGGUGUGGAAGCAGCUGGUGAAUGGCAUUCCCCCCUACAAGGAGAUCGGGGUGCAUGUCUUCUACCGCUGCCAGUGCACCACGGUGGAGACUGUGCGGGAGCUCACCGAGUUCGCCAAGAGCAUCCCCAGCUUCGUAGGCCUCUACCUGAACGACCAGGUGACGCUGCUGAAGUACGGGGUGCACGAGGCCAUCUUCGCCAUGCUGGCCUCCAUCAUGAACAAGGACGGGCUGCUGGUGGCCAACGGGAACGGCUUCGUGACCCGCGAGUUCCUGCGCAGCCUGCGCAAGCCCUUCAGCGACAUCAUGGAGCCCAAGUUUGAGUUUGCCGUCAAGUUCAACGCGCUGGAGCUGGACGACAGUGACCUGUCCCUCUUCGUGGCUGCCAUCAUCCUCUGCGGAGAUCGUCCUGGCCUGAUGAACGUGAAGCAGGUGGAGGAGAUCCAAGACAACAUCCUGCAGGCACUGGAGUUUCACCUGCAGUCCAACCACCCCGAUGCCCAGUACCUCUUCCCCAAGCUGCUGCAGAAGAUGGCUGACCUGCGGCAGCUGGUGACAGAGCAUGCCCAGCUGGUGCAGAAGAUCAAGAAGACAGAGACAGAGACAUCUCUGCACCCUCUUCUGCAGGAGAUCUACAAGGACAUGUACUAAGAACCUGUUAUUUAUGAGAAUGAAGCCAUGGAUUCACACCAAGACUUUGUACAGAAACAAAGAAAACCUUUCCCCAUGUCUUCCAUUUCCUUCUGGAAACUUCUCUCCCUGACCCUGACGUAUGGUACGCAGGGGCGAAACGCCGCGAGGCAGCCACCAGCUGCUGGGCCAGGCCUUCCGUCACCCACCCUGGCACCUCCACAAAAGCAAACCAUAAGCUACUGUUUCUGUGGCCACAGCCCUUCAGCUGCUCCCUGGGGCCUCUGGAAGGGUUCACAUGACCCAGACACAGGGUUUCUGUGGCAGCCUGGGGGCAGUGAGGGGAGCUCUGGUCCUUAGGAGACCUCAGCACAGCACAGGUGUCUGGCAGGGCCAGCAGCAGCACUCAGAGCUUGUCUUCAUUUUGUUUCUCUUAUUGCACUCCAGAUGUAGAGUCCUGAGCUGCCCAGUGCAGGACUUGUGGUGAAAGGAUGCUCUGCACUUUCCUGAGGAAAAGCCAGAGAUGGGUAGGGCUGUCCUAGCAACAGACCCUUGGCUUCAGCCCCUGCUUCCUGUCUCCCAGAGGGGACUGUGUGACCUCUGCCUUCCCCCACGGGCUGUGUGGGAGCCCUUGCUUUUGGUACCCCAGUUUCAGAGGGAGCCUGCCCCUCAGUGCCUCAGUAUGAGAAAAGGAGGGAUGGGGAGAUGGGAAGGAAAAGAGUUGACUCAAAAAUUCCCUGUCUGUGCUUCCCUCCCAGGCUGUCCUGUGCAGGCUUGAGUCAUAGAAAGGUCUGUGCAGGGCUGGGGGCAGGCCUAGGUCAAGAACAAAGCCACAGCCAGGCCAUGGUGCUCAUGAUGCUGAGAGGGCCUUGACCUGCCUGUCAACUGCCCUGCCUCAGUUUCCCCUCUGGGAAAAGGAGCUGGGUUGUCACCUCCUGGGAGCAGGAGCACAAGGGUUUAGUGGUG